UUGAGCUGACAAGCUGCUGCUCAGUUGUGUAACUGUUAAUAACUGUGGUAAACUGUGUUAUAACUGUUCCUUCUCGCUGGAAGUCAGCGUGAAGAUGACUGCGAGUUUAGCAAAGUGUAGGUCUGUGCUGAUAACAGGCUCCAGCAGAGGCAUAGGACUACAGCUGAUCAAACAGUUAGCUAGAAGCACCGACAGACCCGCUACCAUAAUAGCGACAGUCCGCAACCCGACUGGCUCCAAGGAUCUGCAAGAGCUGUCCAACCCAGGUGUUCAUAUUGUGACACUAGACACAGACAGCCAGCAGAGUAUCAGUUCAGCCUUGACAGAGGUGCAGUCCAUUGUAGGAAGUAAAGGACUGAACUGUCUGAUCAAUAAUGCUGCCAUCAACAUCUCUACAGACAUAGACACCGUUACACCAGAGGCCAUGAUGAAGACCUUCCAGACAAACAGUGUCGCACCACUGUUUGUCACAAAGGCCUUCCUGCCUCUGCUGCAGACUGCUGCAGGUCAGUCCACAGGGAUGGGAAUGCACAGAGCAGCGGUUAUCAACAUCUCCUCCAUCCUGGGCUCCAUCACAUACACCUGGGGUGAAGGUGCCAGCUUUAAGAGCUAUCCCUACCGCACCUCUAAGGCAGCUUUGAACAUGGUGACUAGGUGUUUGGCUGCAGACCUGGGGUCACAUGGAAUCCUUUGUAUGGCUCUCCACCCCGGCUGGGUCAAGACUGACAUGGGAGGCCCUCUCGCUGAAUUGACAGUAGAAGACAGUGUCUCUGGGCUGCUGACUGUCCUCUCCAAUCUCACAGAAAAUGACCACGGAGGAUUCAAGGACUACCGUGGAAAUAUCAUACCAUGGUAAAAUCAAACACUGGGUGUAACAUUGUAAUUAAUAGUCUGUACUGUUUAGGAAAUAUUUAAAGCAGUGUGUCCAAGCUUAUUGUAAACAGCUUGAAAUUGAAAAGUAGAUGUAGUUGCUGUUUCUCU